AUGAUGGACGAGACAACACUGAGGAUCAAAGACCUGGAGUUGGAUGACAGUGGGAUCUACAGUGCUCGCAUCUGGCUUACUAAGACACUGUUUCAAGAACAGCGUUUCAGCCUCACCGUUUAUGGUAAGUUAUUGCUUUCACUCUUUGACUCAUGGAAUAGGAUGAAUAGGACCCAAACCUUAUGCUGUUUUCAUUUGUGUUCCCCAGAGCCAGUGCCAACACCACAGAUAGACCACCAAGUGGAAUCCAAGACUCCAGGUGGAUGUAAUGUGACCUUGCAAUGCCACACACCUGGAAGGAAAGAUCUCAGUAUCUCCUGGGAAACAGGGGGUCCACACAGGGCCUUAGGAAAGAGUGUGAAUCAGUACCAGGUUUCUGACAAUGGCCGGGAGCUCCGUGUCUCCUUCUGGAACAGUUCUUUGGACUCCAACUUCACCUGCCUGGUCAGCAAUCCUGUUGACCAAAAGAGAGCCUCGUUUGACUUGCUCAACAUCUGCCAGAGUGAUGAAGGUGAGCAAUAUAGCUUUUCCUUCAUUAUGCAAAGGAGGUCCUUGUGGUUGCGAAAAGGCAGGCUAGCCCUUAACAUGAGGGAUUAGCAACACUUGCUUAUCUAUUGUUAUUUAUUCUACUGCUCUCAGCUGAGUGUGAGCAUGAGAAUCUGAAUCGCGGGGUCAUGAGUUUAAGCCCUGCAUUGAACAAAAGAUUCCUGCAAUGCAGGGGGUUGGACUAGAUUACUCUACUUGUCCCUUCCAACUCUACAAUUCUAUGAUUCCGUGAGAGUCACUCUGACGAUUGUUAUUAGAGUAUGUUUUGAGAGACUCUUAUUGUUCUUUGUGUGGGAUAUAAAGCUGUCAGUCAAGGCCAAUAUUCCGAGAGGACUAACUGCCUCUAUGAGGCAGGCAGUUUUGUCAGCUGGUUGGUCGGUUGCUGCAAGGAGUGUUAACUGGUAACUGCUCGGAUGCAGUCUUCUCAUGACUCACUACUAUCUAGUAUAUCUGUUAUGUAACCUAAGCCUGCCUUCAGGAACAACUCUGUAAACCUGAAUGAAUCUGAUAGUAAAGUAGUCUAUGUUAAUAUGAUUCAGAUUCAUGUGUGUUUUCUUUAAGAGGGACAGAAAGGGAUUAGCAACCAGGAAGGUAUAAUUAUUGAUAGGACUCAAACAAGUUAGCAACCUGCUUGUCACUACAUAAACUCCGACAGGGGAUCGUUUAAACUCUGCUAAAUUAUAUAAACAUUCCCACACAUUGUAGGUGGACAGUUUGAACCCUCGAGUUGGAGUCCAUGGCUUCUCCCUUCCCUCAUAUUUCUUAUGGUGAUAAUGUUGAUGCUGAUGGUGAUGGUGACGGUGAAUUGGAUGCGCUGGAAGAUCAGAUUAGAAAGGCAUAGAAGAGGUAGGACCAUCUCUAUUGAUCUUCCCAUCUCUACUGAGAUGGGGACUUCCUGCCAAAUAUACCUCUACCUUUCUUUUGCUUAUCCUGAGAGGCAGAGACUGGUCAGUGCCAUGGACUCAAUAAUGUGUCUCAUUUUGCCCUCCACAGCUGUUUGUUUUGUGAUAUUAGAGGAAGGGGAGAGUAUCCGGAGCUCAGGAGCCACCCAGAAGAUGGUGGUGACGAGGUGAGAUGAUCGGUGCACAAAGUAAUGAUGGGGUGAUUAUUUUUAUCUACCAAUAAAAUCAUCUGAUACAUUUGGGAGGCGUUUAUUACUUCAGUUAUUAUUAUUAAUGUUGCAAUCUGUUAUUCUUAAAGAAACAACAGCAACAGCAGGAACAAGUGGAUUUCAAACAGGCCACUGACCUGAUAAUAAAAAUGAAUGGCCAUCAGUUUGGCACAACCCAUCCCUACGAACCAUUUCUGCUCAUCUGCAGGAGGCUUCUCUUAAAAUUACCGUAUUUUGCGCUCUAUAAGACGCACCAGACCACAAGACGCACCUAGUUUUUGGAAGAGGAAAACAAGAAAAAAAAUAUUCUGAAUCUCAGAAGCCAGAACAGCGAGAGGGAUCGCUGCGCAGUGAAAGCAGCAAUCCCUCUUGCUGUUCUGGCUUCUGGGAUAGCUGCGCAGCCUGCAUUCGCUCCAUAAGACGCACACACAUUUCCCCUUACUUUUUAGGAGGGAAAAAGUGAGUCUUAUAGAGCAAAAAAUACAAUACCUUUCGCUGGCACUGGACUCCAUCCCAUCCAGCCAAAAUAAGUACUAGCUUCUCUCUCUUAUGCUGGAAAGGAGAGAGGUGCUCAUUUUCAUGCAUGGUGGAGCUCCACGUUGGUCUGCUCCUUUUGGGAAAAGGUGUUUCACACUUUUUUCCAAAAUUAUGCAGCAAUCCCCUCCACCCACAUGAGCUCUUGCCUUGUUAUCAUUAGACUCAAAUUUAAACAACAACCUUAAAUGCAGAGAUGGCCCUGAAGCAGCAUGCCAGAGCAAGAGAGGCUUAUCUCCCUCUCACUGUGUGUAAGACUCCCGUUUCUACUCCCCUCAGCUUGUCCUCCCUCCUCUUCGGAUUCCUCGCUGUCUCUCAGAACGUCCCUGACAUUUUCAUGGAGAGAAGAAACGGUAUUUGGAUUGAAAAAAACAAAAACAGGCCAGUGACCCAAAAAGACUUAACCAAUUGAUUAUGGCACAAGGGGAGGCAGGCAGCUUGUGCCAAGAUCCUGUUCCCAUCAGGGGAACAUGCACGCCCUGUUAUAGUGAGCAGAAUUGAACCCUCCCUCUCCAGCUAGUGAAUGGAGGAUUCAGGCCUCUGGCCGCAGGGCUCUGCUUCCCACAUCCUUCCCCCAGUGAACCCAACAGGAUUGCGCUCUCCACUUACCAGCUGUUCUGGACUCUUCCCAAAAUACUAAUUUUAUCAUUGAUAAUAACUGAGUGCUGGAGAAUGGAAAUGACAUACUUUGGUCAAUUCAAAAUGGGCCAUUCCACCUGCUCUCUUAUGGUCAUAGUUAUGGCAAGUUCUCCAGUGGAACUAGAAAGCUAGCCCUAAAGGCUGGGACUGAGGUGUAGGGAAGAUGCCUGCUUUUAGGCAAAUUGGUAUCCUUUCUUGGAGAACACUGGACUUGGACAGGACUUUAAUUUUCUCCAGGGUUCAGUUGGGCCCAAAUGCCCAGAAAUUCUUUUAGGAGUUGCAUCUCCAGAGUCCCUCCUGUCAUAUUUUUCUCUUCCCUUCCAGGUUGACUCAGACAUAG